AUGGGUGGUUGUUCUGUCGCAGAGGAUAUCAUGACGUGUCGUGGUUUCACCCGGAAGCAAGUGUUCCAUUACCUCGGCAAGCACCUCCCCAGUUUCUGCUUCCUUUUCUCCCUUCUCACCCUCGUGACUAACGACGAAUGGCUGAACUUACGCCAGGGCGUGAGGUCACAGGGGAUCUGCGAGAGGUAAGCCAAGCCAAGCCAAGCUCACCACGCGAGGAAGCACUGCCUGCUGUCCCUUCAGCUGGGGUUUACAGAGGUACCGUCUGUCAGUGGAGCUUGUGCCACUGACCAACGCGACGGCGACGUGUGGCGACACCUCUGUCGACUCGCCUCUGUUCGGCCGUGGCGAGUUCAAGGGCUGCAAAGUAACUCACCAUUAUUGUGUAUGUGAGUCAUCCUACAGAUGGCUGCGGCGGCGGAGCGUCAAGAGGGGCGACACUGAGGCAGCGGCCAUGUGGCGGGACCUACGCGCAGCCGGCAUCGUCAUGUACGUCUUCAGCAGCCUCACAAUGUUCUUUAUCGCUUGCAGCAGCUAUGGGGAACUUGAUACCGUGUCUUCUAAAAUGAAGAACGGCCUCCCGACCCAUCCGCAUGACUUGCGAGCAGCCGUCUUCUGCACGAUAGCCGUAGCGCUCUCCCUUGUUGGCGGUAUGAUUUGGUGGUAUCUGGCCGGCUCGGCGCGAUGUGCUGAUUUGGUGGAGGCUCGAGCCCUCUUUGCUGCGCCCAAUUGUGACAUCAGCCCUGGGCGGUUCCGAGUCUGUCUGAUCUCGUCUGUUCUAUCGGUCGCUAUGCUGUUCCAGUGGCUGUUUGUGUGGGACCGGGUGCGUCACGACAAACGGCAAGCAGCGAUCGUGGGGCAGCAAGCUCUUGCCAACCAGAACCAGCCCGCAGCCCACACGAUCGGUUACGCCGCGGCCAAUCCGCAAGACGACGUCUACUACGAUGCCGAGUCGACCGCAGGAUCGGAUGUGUGAGCAAGUGAGUGUCAUAAUUGGAGAGGCAGUGCGUGUCUAGGUGUCUGUGUGCUUGAGGCAGGCUGUGUUAUCUGCACUCAGUGACUUGGUAGGUUAACGGUGAUGUGUUGGUGAUUUUUGCUGUUGUACUAACUUUUAUCUGUCCUGCCUUUAUCAGUAGUGCACCUUGCCGGCAGUAGGGCCGUCUUGUGUUUGUUGUGCUGCACUCGUGUACUCAGUCAGCCUGCCGGCCGGUGUGUGGGGAUCUUUGCCUCACCCUUGUCUGCAGUGUGUGUGUGUGUCUGAGUGAGUAGUGUAAGGCUGUGUGCGACAGUGAUCAACUCCGAGCGAUUCACCCACUAUGGGUCCACUCAGUGUCUCAUCCAUCUCGUCCCCAGCCAGUGUCAAUAAAGGGAGCCGUCGACAAAAGACGAGGCAGUA